AUGUCCUGUAGCAAUAAUUGUUUGUGGUGUGCUAGGCUGUGGGUUCAGUUGCCUAGAGAUACUGGACGUAGAAGUUUGGGCCUUAAGACUUUUCUUUCUCUAUCUUCUUCAAUUAUUGAUCUACUUCAAGGCAAAGAGUCCAAUGAGUUGUUCCAAGCACAAUCUCAUUUGUACAAGCAUAUGCUGUCCUUCAUAAGUUCCAUGUCUAUCAAAUCUGCUGUUCAGUUGAGCAUACCAGACAUAAUCAACAACGAUGGCCAACCCAUCACUCUCUCUGAGUUGGCCUCUGCACUUGAUAUUCACCCAACAAAAGCCGGUUUUAUCCACCGUCUCAUGUGCCUAUUGGUGCACCAUGGCUUCUUUAAUUCUGCAAAAAUUGGUCAUGAUGAGGAAGCAUAUGAUCUGACCCCUUCUUCUAGACUCCUCAAAGAUAAGAUCCCUUCCCUGUCACCCUUUGUUAUGUCAUUGCUUGAUCCAGCUUUGAUAACUCCCUGGCAUUUACUAGGAAACUGGUUUCAAAAGGAAGAGAAGAUGCCACCCUUUGAGUCAGCACAUGGGAUGAGCUUUUGGGCCUAUGUAAACAAGAAUUCUGACUUUAACAAUCAUUUCAAUCAGGCAAUGGCCAUUGACUCGGGGAUGAUGAACUUGGUUGUUAAAGACUGCAAGCCUGUUUUUGAGGGACUAAGUUCAUUGGUCGAUGUAGGUGGCGGAACCGGAACAAUCUCCAAAAUCAUCAUUGAGACAUUCCCUCAUAUAAAAUGCACAGUGCUUGAUCUACCCCAUGUGGUUGCUAAUUUGCCAGCCACUGAAAACUUGAAGUUUAUUGGCGGUGAUAUGUUUCAAGGUAUUCCUUCAGCGGAUGCAAUAUUACUCAAGUUGAUGUUACAUUGUUGGAGCGAUGAGGAAUGCUUGAAGGUUCUGAAGAUAUGCAGAGUAGCUAUUCCAAGCAAUGGAGGUAAGGUCAUUAUAACUGACAUAGUGAUAAACAAGGACAAAGAUGAUCCAGAAUUGACUGAAGGAAAAUUAUACUUUGACCUGUUGAUGAUGAUUUUGGUUACUGGGAGAGAGAGAAGUGAGAAAGAUUGGGAAAAGCUAUUCUUGGAGGCUGGUUUUAGUCACUACAAGAUAACACCCUUGUUUGGUUUAAGGUCAUUAAUUGAGGUUUUUCCUCGGAAACAAUUAAGUAGUAAUGAAAGUGUACAUUUGAGAACUAGUCUCAUUUCAAUGGUGGCUCGAAACUCAAUGCAAUUGUUUGUUUUUCUUCCUGGUCUACACCCCAAGCUAAUGAACAAAAUGCAAAUUGGAAGUGAUAAAACUAUUAAGAACAAUGAGUAUAUUGAGAGUGCUGAUGAGAAUGAAGUUUUUGCCAUAACGCAAAUCACUGUCACAGAUUGUGGAUGUGGAUGGGCGUCAAAUUAG